AUGUCAGAGGAAGAGGAGGAGAUGCGGCUGCUGUCUGCCCAUUCCCCGGGCCAACACUCCCCACUGGCACCAGCAACCCUGAGCAGCCAUCCCGCCCCGCUGCUUGGCACCUGGGUGCCUGGCCUGGGGGCAGCCGCAGCGUCCCUGGCUCUGGUGGUGUGUGAUGCCCUGGGUACCAGCCAGAUGCCAGGCGCCUGCGUGACUCCCCAAGGGAACUGCACCCGUUUCCCGUUCUUCUCGGAAUUCAAGGGCCAGAACAAGGUGGCCCUGAGCGCCGUGGAGACCGCCGUCCUCUCCUGCAUCUUCCUGGUGUCCCUGCUGGUCAACAUCUGCGCCAUCUCGCUGCUGGCCAGGAAGAAGAAGAAGCUGCGCACCGCCAACUGCCUGAUGCUCAACCUCUUCUGCGCGGACCUGCUCUUCAUCAGCGCCAUCCCCGCCAUCCUCGUGGUGCGCUGGACCGAGUCCUGGGUGCUGGGGGACGUCGUCUGCCACAUGCUCUUCUACGUGAUAAGCCUCAGCGGCAGCGUCACCAUCCUGUCGCUGGCGGCUGUCAGCCUGGAGCGCGUGGUGUGCAUCGUCCGGCUGCGGCACACUGCCCGCUUCAGCUGCAAGCUGCUGGUCGGGACCCUGCUGGUCAUCUGGGGGCUCGCCGCCCUCGCCACCCUCCCGCUCUGCCUCUUCUUCAACGUGGAGCCCCUGCUCAUGCACGGCAAGGAAGUUCAAAUUUGCACCUUGGUUUGGCCCAGCAUUGCAGAAGAAAUCUCUUGGGACGUAACAUUCACCUUUGUGGUCUUUGUAAUACCAGGAUUAGUCAUUGUGAUCAGUUAUACAAAAAUUUUACAGAUUACAAAAGCAUCAAGAAGAAGAUUAAAUGUCAGUUUAGCCUACUCAGAAAUUCAUCAGAUCCGAGUCUCCCAACAAGAUUACAAGCUAUUUCGAACUUUGUUUGUGCUGAUGAUCUCUUUCUUCAUCAUGUGGAGUCCAAUUGUCAUCACUAUUCUCUUAAUUUUAGUUCAGAACUUCAAACAUGAUUUGAAUAUUUUGCCAUCAUUUUUCUUCUGGAUAAUGGCAUUCACUUUUGCCAACUCUGCCGUCAAUCCAGUUUUGUAUAAUGUUACCCAUUUCAGACACGAAUGGCGGCAAUUUCUUUUGUGUUGUGCAGCUCUUCCUGGACGGAGAAUGACUAAUACAGAAACCACAGGAAGAAGAAAUGACCACAGAGAAUCUAACUUAUCUGUAAUUUACAAAUAAGUAAUGUAUGAACUAUGUUUCAACUGUUGCUUUGGCUGCUAAACCAUACACUUUCCCACACUGACCAGCUCACCAUUUUAUAGUAUUAUAUGCUAAAGAAAGCAGAUAGGAAAAUAAUUAUAUCUAUAGUUCAACUUCUACAAUCCUAACCCAGGCAAAAUUCUAUUAUCUUGGGAGUUUUGUCUGAGUAAGACUGCAGAAUUUAACCCUAUCAGCCUAAUUCUCUUCUCACAAUGAUGUAAUCAGGAGUAACUUCACUGACAUUGGCGGAGGCACAGUAAUGUAAAACAGUGUAACUUUGGAGAAGAAUUGGGCUCUAUGGGGGCAGAUUUUCAGAUCGUGUAAAUUGUCCACUGACUAUAGUGGAACCAUGAAAAUUUAUAGCAGCUGAGGAUAUGCCCCAGUUUUACUAUCCAUUUGCCAGUAAGAAUAGAAACCAACUUUUAAUAGGUGUAAAAAGUGCACCCUCAAAAAUUUCCAUGCAGUCACUAAGCCCAUAAAAUAAAAAAAGGCAUUUCAUGCAUAAAUCAGGUGACUGGCUGCCUGAACAUACUUUUGUGCAAACUACCUUUAUGCAUAACAUGCCAAUCUGAAUAGGCAGAUGUGGUUUUUGCUGGUUCAAUGAGCGCAUGAUCAUUUUUGCUGGUAUGUCCUACGUUUGAAAAUUUGGUCCUUAGAAAUAGUCAAUCUCUGGCACCAUUUUGCUGGAUUCAGCAAUGUUACAGUAGAUAGAAAUGUUUAUUUUUCUUAAGAGUGUAAAAACAGGGUCAUUACAAAUGGUGCAUUUUUACACAUCUUGAGUCAAGAAUGAAUGUAAUAAAAUAAAGCUAUUCUGUGAUGUGAUCAAUGAACUUCCAUAUGAGGAGAGAUUAAAGAUGCUAGGACUCUUCAGCUUGGAACAGAGGAGACUAAGGGGGGAUAUG